GAAGAGAAGAACAUAACCUAAAUGAUUCAAAUUCGAAUUAUACACGUAAAAAAUUUAAAAAACACGAAAUAAAAUGUUAAAUUCAAUUAAAUCAUUCCUAGAUAUCCCAAGUCCUAUGUCAUUACCAUUACUUGGACAUACUUAUCUAUUUUUACCAGGAGUUACAUCUCUCGUUUGUCCUGGUCAAAGACUGCGUUGUAUAUCCGAUGAACCUGCUGAACAGUUAAAGUCCGCUAGUAAAGACUUUAUGGAUGGGUUAUAUAAAACUCUUAUAGGACCUCCGAUAUGGAAAUUAUUCGAGACAGAUGGUUAUAAACAACUGAAGUGUUCGCAUCAAAUUAUUUACAGGACAAUAGAAAGUUAUCUAAAAGACUUCCAAAAAAUGUACAAGACUAAUCCGAAUUUUUUAAAAGAAACAAAUCCUUUUAUGUACACAUUGCUAAGUAAUAAAAAUCUAUCACAAGACGACUGUAAUAUGUUAGCAAUUGAAGUUUUUUUAGGAGGCAUCGACACUACAGCUACGACUAUGGCGUUCACGUUACACUAUUUAGCGCAGAAUGAAUCCGUUCAAGAGAAAGUACGACAAAAUCUUUCAGAUGACAGCUACUUGAAGGCUUGCAUAAAAGAGACAUUAAGAUUGAGACCGACUGCAGGUGCUAACAGCAGAUUUCUACCUCAAGAUACCGUAAUUGGAGGAUAUCUAAUACCAAAAAAUACACUGGUGUCUGCUUUUAGUUCGAUAACGUCACACAGCGAAGAAUAUUUUAAAAAUGCCGACCAAUAUAUCCCGGAUAGAUGGUUAAGAAAUUCGAAUACGGCAUUUCAUAAAUUCGCAUCGCUGCCUUUCGGUUACGGACCGAGAAUGUGCCCCGGAAAAAGAUUGGUCGAAAAUGAAAUGGUUAUUCUACUAAGAGAGAUCCUAAAAAAUUUUAAAUUAGAAACGGACAGCGCCCAUAUUGGAAUGGUUUAUAGAAUGAAUAGAAUCGCUGAAAAGUCUAUUAAUAUUAAAUUUCUUCAUACAAAUCACUAAAUAUUUAUUAUUGUACAACAAUACAUAUCUUACUUUACAUUUUUUAUUUACACUAUUUUAUCGAUCUAAUACCUUACUUAAUAUAUUUGUACAAUAAAAUUUGAUUUUAAAGCUUAUAUGACAAAUGUUUUUUUUUUAUUUUUAUUGAUGCAUGAUAUUUAAAAGAUUCUAUGGAUCGUUAUUUUAUAACUGUAUUCAUAAUAGUUGUUCCCACCUCUAGUCGUCAAACUAAAAUAACUGCUAUUUUAUUUCUAACGAUUAGAGGUGGGAACAACUAUUACGAAUACAGUUUUAAAAUAACAAAAGAUUAUAAAUAAUAGUAAAGGAAUGUCUUUAGAUUGUGAUAUGAUUGCGCAUAUUAUUUUAAUGAUAAUUCCAUCAAACUGGAUAAAUUAAUGAUAAUAGUUCCUUUAAAUAAAAUCACUUCUACAGUGUAGCUUGUUUAAGAGGUUCUAGACAUAUAAAAUCGUAUGAGAAAAAUAAUAGUUGCGUAAAUAUAACUGCAGCUUAUUUUCUACUUAAUAUAAAACAUAUUACUAUAAUUUGAACUAAUUUAAAAAAGCUACCCUGUAUAAUAUACAUUACAGAUUAACAAGAAGUUUUUUAUAAAAAAUAACAUUCGGAAACGAAAGAAAAAUGUUCCUCGUUCAUAUUCAUGGCUAUUAAUCAAUUCCUAUUAGUCAAUUUAGUGAAAAUCAAAUCUACACAAUAAUAAUACAAGCCUGAUUUGAAAAAUUAAAUAAAGACAGAACCAUUGCGGUUAUAUAGGG